AUGUCUUCGGUACAGAGUGCACCCCCAAGCAACUCAUCUGACCUUGAUGUGACUCUCACGUAUCAUCUCGACAUCGCCAUUUCUAUCACCAUCGCCAUCUUCGCCUUACUCAACGCCCCCCGGGCGGUUGCUCGCUUUGCGAACCCCUCCGAGCGAUUACGCGGCCAUAUAUUGCGCUACGUUGCUUUGCGUCGCGAGCCUCGCAUCAGCGCUAGUUCCGUCUCUAAUCAGAUGCAUUCCGAUUUCAAGAAAUCCGCUGUCGGUAUACAAGACAGAUCGGCAGGAUGUGACACCAUUCUCAGUGCAUUACCGGCUCUACCUACGCAAACCCUCAGAGACACGAGUAAUCCGGAAAGGCCGGUGCACAUGCCCAUGCUUUCAUCGCUCGUCCACCCAGUAACAAGCGUUUUAACUCGCCCAGUCCAUGAAGGGUACACAGUCGGACGCGUCCUUUUAAUGGCCGGAUAUGCCAUCAUGGUUCUCUACUGCACGUUUUAUAAAUCAAACCCCUUCUCUCAUCCUUCGCGGGCCGGUCGGGUCAUCGCUUCUCAAAUACCUUUUGUAUACAUUUUUGCAACCAAAAACAACAUAGUCGGCGCACUAGUCGGCGUCGGAUAUGAGAAGCUCAAUUUCCUGCACCGUUUCAUCGGCCGCUUAGCUGUCGUCGGAGCCAAUGUCCAUAUGCUUGGUUAUGUUUAUAAAUGGACCCUUGCAGGGAAAUUAUCUACUGAAUUGACCAAACCGUUCAUCCGUUGGGGUUUCGUUGCGCUCGCCUGUUUCGAUCUCCUCGGAAUCGGAUCCACUCAAUUCGUCAGAUCAAAGUCCUACAAUCUUUUUAUCGUGACACAUGUGCUUGGAUUGUUCAUUUUUUUGAUCGCCGCGUGCUACCACCAACCGGCCUGCAUUCCGUUCGUCAUAGCCGCAUGUGUAUUUUACGGCGUCGAUCACCUCAUGCGUAUUGCGAAGACGUGCAUCACUACCGCCAUGCUGCGCCCUAUUCCUGAAUUAGGACUCACGAGGAUUGAAAUUCCAACGCUCAAUUCAGGUUGGCGAGCUGGCCAACACGUUCGCCUGCGUGUUCUUUCAACUGACAUGGACUACUUGGCCCUUACCGAGGUUCACCCCUUCACGAUCGCAAAUGUUGAAAGGACGGAAGAAGGAAUGGUCUUGAUGUGCAAGAAGACCGGGAGGUGGACAUCCAAGAUAUAUUCACUAUCUGCAACGAAAAGGUACGGCGAACAGGGUCGUGAAGUUGGCGAAGCUGUGAGAGUGAUGAUUGAAGGACCGUAUGGAGGCGUUGGUAAUACGAUCAUGUCUAGCUAUUCUGGUGCACUUGUCAUUGCAGGUGGCAUCGGUAUUACAUUCGCGUUGUCUGCGGUGCAGGAGCUUGUACGGUCUGGGAAUGAUACCAGCGUACGGGUUAUUGAUAUCGUGUGGAGCAUUCCUGACGUCGCUUCCCUGACUCCCAUGAUAGCGCUGUUUACUUCGCUUAUUGAGCAGAGAAUGGAGGUUUGCCUUAGGGUUUCGGUGUUCUAUACCCGCGCAUUGAAGGGGUCUUCCCAACCCACGUAUCUCCCACCUGGCGUCACUCUUACCCCCGGCCGCCCCAAGAUUGCCAAAUUCUUGAACGAUGUGGUUACCUCUACGCAGAGCGGAGGAGGUGCCACGGGGGUCUUUGUUGGAGUUUGUGGCCCGCCAGCGCUUGCUAGAGACGUCGCGGUUGCCGUCAGAAAUAUUGAUGUGCACCAAAAGAGAAUGGUCGGAGGUAUCGAACUUCAUGAAGAGUGAGUUUUUCUGAUAUGUAGCG